AAACCAUGUUUGCAGACAGAAACAAAAGUUUAUUAAAACCUAAAAAAAAACUUAUAGAUGGAAAAGAGAUAGAAAUGCAUAUAUUUGAAAUUUUUGUGUUAACAUACUACGAAAAGAAUAUUUUACCAAAUUAUUCUUAUAAAGAACCAUUCACAAGAAAAGAAUUUAUUGACGAAAUUUCUUUUUGGAAUAUUGACAUAGAAACAUUUAAUAUUGAAAUAUGCGUUCUAAUAAUGGCUAAUAAAAUUAAACCAUUAUUUGACCUUUUACAAAAAGAUAUAGAAAAAAAUUUAACACUAUUUAUUAAUGAUUUCAGUUAUUGCUUGUGGAUUGACGGUGUAAUUGACUGGAUUGAAUAUGAUGAGUAUUAUGGUGAUAAAAUAUGUAAAAAAAUUGAAAAUUUUCUUAAAAUUUUAGAUUAUGAAGUUAAAUUAAGCAGAGAAAAUAGAGAACGAUAUAAUGUCAGUCCCGAUUAUAUUCCUAAAAUUAAAUGGUUUGUUUUAAGUAUAAAAAUUAACAAAGAUAUCUUAAAAUCCGAAGUUAUGAAAAAACUUGAAUCUGAUUAUUUUUAG